AUGCCACGUAAGCUACGUAAGAAUAUACGUAAGAGGAAGAGAGCAUUGAAACAUCCAAUAGUAAGACUGACACCACAACAACAGUUGCAACAACAAAUGCUGAAUGACCCCACUAUGUUGCAACAAAUGUCAAGCAAUCCUAUGCUUUUAAACCGAGUUGUUGGUGCACAGAGUGGAGGUUUAAGAGCGGCACUUUUAGCGAAAAUGGCAGGCUAUGGUGGAGCUGCAGACGGAACAGCUUAUAACCCUCAAAGUCAAAUGAAUUUGAGUUCACUCAAAAAUCAAAUAACAGAUGUCAAAAAGUCAAACAUAGACAUACAGAAACAAAUAAGUGAAAACGAAAAGAAACUAGAAUAUGACAGACACACAAAGAAACUCAAUGAGUUAAACGUAGAGAAAAAGAAGAAAGAAGAACAACUGAAAGAACUAAGUACAGAGGAAUAUGCGAAAAAAGUGUCAGAAAAAGCAGCAGAAGUAGCAAAAAUGGAACAAGAUGUCAUAAAUUUGAAAAACCAUACUACUCAAUAUAAAAUACUGAAAGAUGAAGAGAUAAAACAAAAAGCCCUGAAGACAUAUAUGGAUAGCGAUGAGUAUAAAAAAGAAGUUGAAGCAAAUGUAAAGGCAGAAAAACUUUUACAGUUGCA